UUAUUAAUAGAUUAGAUUCUGAAGGUUAAUGGUAAUGCUGAAACUCUAAUAAUAAUAAUUUCUGUGACUGAAGCCGUUCCACAUGGAGAUGAUGUACAGCUCCGACACUCUGGAGUGUAAAAUCCUCCUCUCCUCCUCCUGACACACCGCCUAUAAAUCUCUCACACACACACACACACACAGCCGGAGCAGAGAGCAGGCAGCGUCAGUGUGUGAGCGCUCACACAGCCAUGCGUCCACACACCGAGUGAGAGGAGUUCAGACGAGUGAGAGCAGCAUGGAGAGGAUGGACGUGAACAAGAGCCUGAACAUCAGUGAGGGACUCGGAGAUCUCCUCUCCUCUCAUGGCUCUCAGCUGGUCACUGCUCUGCUGCUUGGAGCGCUCAUUCUCUUUGCCGUUUUGGGAAACACGUGUGUCAUUGCUGCCAUCGCUUUGGAGCGAUCUCUCCAGAACGUGGCUAAUUACUUGAUCGGCUCGUUAGCGGUCACGGACCUUAUGGUGUCGGUCCUGGUUCUGCCCAUGGCUGCUCUCUAUCAGGUCCUGGACAAGUGGACUUUGGGUCAGGAGAUCUGUGAUCUGUUCAUCGCUCUGGACGUUUUGUGCUGCACCUCUUCCAUCCUUCACCUGUGUGCCAUCGCGCUGGACCGUUACUGGACCAUCACCGACCCCAUCGACUAUGUGAACAAACGGACUCCGAGACGCGCCGCUGCGUUAAUCAGCCUCACGUGGAUCGUGGGAUUCUCCAUCUCCAUCCCGCCCAUGUUGGGAUGGAGGAAACCCGAGGACCGCUCUGACCCUGACGCGUGCUCCAUCAGCCAGGACCCGGCAUACACUGUCUACUCCACCUUUGGGGCCUUCUACCUCCCACUGGUCAUCAUGCUCGUGCUUUAUGGACGCAUUUUCAGAGCUGCCAGGUUCCGCAUACGGAAAAACGUGGGGAAGCGCCGGAGGGUUUCAGCUAGGAUCCCCGACCGCAAUGAAAUCUCAGUGACCAUCAGCACCAGCAGAACCGCCAAACCCAAGACAGAGUUCAUGGAGCUGAGAGCGGAGAAGUGUAAAGGCCAUUUCCUGCCGCUCUCUGGCGUCUCGCCGUCCGAGCGAAAGAACGGGAGCAGCAUGGAAACGAAAAGGAAAGCAGUAUUGGCACGGGAACGGAGGGCGGUCAAGACGCUGGGCAUCAUCAUGGGUACCUUCAUCCUGUGCUGGCUGCCAUUCUUCACAGUGGCACUCAUGCUGCCCUUCUGUAAGACGUGGUGCUCCAUGCCCGACUGGCUCGCUGACGUCAUCAACUGGCUCGGCUACUCCAACUCCCUCCUCAACCCCAUCAUCUACGCCUACUUCAAUAAAGACUUCCAGAAUGCAUUCAAGAAAAUUCUCAAGUGUAAAUGUGUCGGGCUGUGAGGACACAAGGCUCGGACUCUCGGACACUCAAACGCUCGGACGCUCAGACUCUCGGAUACUCAAACGCUCGGACGCUCAGACUCCCAGACACUCCAAUGCUUGGACGCUCAGACUCUCAGACACUCAAACGCUCCGACGCUCGGACUCUCGGACACACUAACACUCGGACGCUUGUUUUUCUGUCUGUCAUUUUGAAUUGUUGAAAGGGAUUGUGGGUAAGCAGAUUUUCUUUACACAGGGUUCAGGUGCAAAAAUC